CCAGUGUGAUUUGAGCAGGCGAAAAGAUUGGUAGAACUAGGCGGACGAUACAUAUCCGCAAAACGCACGAUCAAAGUGACACAGCAAACACUCUGAGUGUCCGUAGUGUCACCAACAAUAAUAACAUUAAAUAAAAAAAUACCAACUCUACAUUAACAAUAACUUCAUUGCUCAGCAGUAGAGCUAAGAAACGAACGAACUAAGCGACUAACAAGCAAGCUAGCAGUCAAGUCCGAGUCAGCCAUAAGCUAGGCACACAGUAGCAAAAACGUCCAUUUGUAAUUUUUUCCAUAUGUAAUUGCAAUACACACGCACGCGACGGAGUUUUUGUUUUUGAUUUUUAGAAAAGCGUAGACUGAGCAAAAGCUGCUUUAAUACGCAUGCGAAAAUAGUAGUAACGGCAGUUGUACGUUGGAUAAGAACACUGGUGAAAUUAGAGAAGACAUAAUUCGUGAGCCUGCAGUUAAUUAUUAAGUCCAGUCAAGAUGGCCCUCUUUGGGAUGGUGUCGGCCGUUUCUGGCUUUAUAAAAAUUCGAAAUCUCUUGGAUCGUGCGGUUAUCGAUAACAUGGUCUUUCGUUGCCAUUAUAGAAUUACAACAGCGUUGCUGUUUGUUUGCUGCAUUAUUGUAACGGCAAAUAAUUUAAUUGGCGAUCCCAUUGCAUGCAUCAAUGACGGCUCCAUACCAAUGCAUGUCAUCAACACAUUCUGUUGGAUCACGUACACAUUCACCAUACCCGGUCAGCAGCAUCGUCAAAUUGGCACAGAUGUCGCAGCGCACGGUCUGGGCAAUGAAUAUGGACAAGAGAAGCGUUACCACAGCUACUAUCAGUGGGUGCCAUUUGUGCUGUUCUUCCAGGGACUCAUGUUCUAUGUACCGCAUUGGAUUUGGAAGAAUCUGGAAGAUGGCAAAAUGCGCAACAUCACCGAGGGUCUACGCGGUUUCAUUACCAUGCCCGAAGAUUAUCGCAAAGAUCGGCAAGAACGCAUCAUAAAAUACUUGAAGCAGAGCUUAAAUUCGCAUAGCAGUUACUCAUUUGCUUACUACUUCUGCGAGGCUUUGAAUUUCGCCAAUGUUGUGUUGAAUAUCUUUUUGGUGGAUAAAUUUUUGGGUGGCGCUUUCAUGACAUACGGCACCGAUGUGAUUAAGUUCUCAAAUAUGGAUCAGGAGCGUCGUUUUGAUCCGAUGAUUGAAAUCUUUCCACGUUUGACGAAGUGUACUUUCCGCAAAUUCGGCCCGGGCGGUUCACCACAGACGCACGACACGUUGUGUGUGUUGGCUUUGAAUAUUUUGAAUGAGAAAAUUUACAUUUUCUUGUGGUUCUGGUUCAUCAUUUUGUCCGUGCUCUCUGGCUUGGCUUUAAUUUACUCACUUACCGUUAUAAUGAUGCCGACAACACGCGAAACGAUAAUCAAACGCUCUUAUCGUACGGGACAGCACAAGGAAAUCCAAUAUUUGAUACGCCAGUUGGAUAUUGGCGACUUCUUGGUUUUGCACUUUUUGGGACAGAACAUCAAUACAAAGUAUUACUGUGACUUGGUGCAGGAGCUUUGCCUCGCACUCGGCGCUUCACGUUCGCCAUCGGCGCCAUCCACCUUGGAGAUGCAUCCCAUGUAUCCGCAAGUAGAUCGAUUCGGCAAGGAGACCGAGACAUAAAUCAAUGCACAGUUGGCGGACGGGAGCGAAAUAGUGCAAACAAAAAACGGGGAAUAAAACAAAACAAUUCACGAAAAGAAAGUUAAAAUGCCAAUAAAAAUCAAAAACUACAAAAACACACGGGCAAGCAUAUACAAAAAUCUGAUGAGAAAGCGAAAAUGCUAAGGACAGUCAGUGCUCGGCGUUCUGCUGUUUACUGUCAGCUGGAUACUAUGCACGAAAACAUCCAACUACUACCAUACAAUGCACCUGCGCUCUACUAGAAAUAAAAUAAAUAAAAUAACGAGAGACAGACAACCACAGCAAUAACGGCAAAUACGGUGUCUCUCAAAAUAAUGACAAAGCAGCAAAUUUUUAAAACAUAAAAUUAACAGUACUUCGAUUGUAAAACACCGAAAAGCAUACAAAUGUGCCAAGCAAAAAUAUAUAUAAUACAAAAACAAAAAUAAAAUAUAAUACAAAAAAUUAAUAAUAACUGCCAACACACAACGUCUGCGCAACAGUGCAAUUUCUCCAUUUGCAAGUCUUUUGCAAGAUCGUGUGCACACACACACACACACGCGAAUAAGCUAAGCACAAACAUUAUAGAAUUUAUUAUCUAAAACCAUAACUAAAGU